UUGUCGGUGAAUCGUUGCGAUGAGCGGUCGGUGCGCGCGAUAAGAGUCGAGCGAGGGAUUAAGAGCGCGUGCCUCGCGGCUGCUGUAAAUCGGCACUCGACGAGAAAGAGCGCGAUUAUUUCGUCCGUCGCGAGGAUCCAUUUCGGAUCGCGAGGUACGAGUGUCGGCGUGCGCGCGCACGCACGCCGGGCGGCGAACUUCACACAGGUAGCGGUGCGGCCGGAGUGCUUUGCUGGACUUUGACCGACUCGGCCGAUCGGAUCUCUCCCUGUUUUCUUUUUUUAAUUUGUUCUUUUUUUCGGCACGUUGAGAUGUGUUUCACGGUCGCGACAUAUCUCGCGCGAUAGUAACGCGAUAUAUUUCAUGCUCCGUGACGCUGUCGGAAAGAAGUGAGCGCGCGGGCGCGCGCGCGUCGCGUUUACCACGAUCGCGCGAUCAAAAGAGAGAAUCGGCUGUGAGUGGAAGAGAGAAGGGAAGAAGGGAGAAAUAUACAAAGAAACUCUCUCUCUCUCGUGUGACGCUCUUAGUGUGUGCAUCGGUUUCUGGGAUUUCUACGUUGCUUGGUUUUUGUGCAACGCGCGUUGUGCAACCGUUUUCUGGAGUUUCGAGAUUCAACUUUCUGUGACAGAAGAUCUGGCAGCAACGGCCAUGACCGCAGACAGCCUGUUUGAGACUACCAGCAUCCCGGGGCACCUCGCUCCCACGCCCGAGAGACUGGAGAGACUUCUCUCGAAACAGACCCUCGAGGAGCUCUACGAGGUCGAGGAACAGCCUUUCGCACGAGGUAAAUACGCGACGGUGAGAAGAUGCCGCGAAAGGUCCAGCGGCAGGCAGUGGGCCGCCAAGUUCCUGAGGAAACGACGACGGGCCCAGGAGCUCAGAGCGGAAGCGCUUCACGAGGUCGCCGUGCUGGAUGCCGCGGCCAAUUGUUCUCGACUUGUCUCCCUACAUCAGGUCUUUGAGACCAACACCGAGAUGGUGCUCGUCCUCGAACUGGCUCCUGGCGGCGAGUUACAAAUGAUACUCGACCGAGAUGAAGUUCCGGAGGAGCGGCAGGUUGCCAGAUUGCUGAAGCAGAUUUUGGACGGGAUAGCCUUUCUGCAUUCCCUGAACGUAGCUCAUCUCGACAUCAAGCCGCAAAAUUUGGUACUUACUGGAGAGUUCCCGGACUGCGACGUAAAAUUAUGCGACUUUGGCAUAUCGCGAUACAUCAGCCACGGAGCGGACAUACGAGAAAUUUUGGGCACGCCCGAUUAUGUUGCCCCGGAGGUCCUCAAUUACGAGCCGAUCAGCCUGGCCACCGACAUGUGGUCCGUCGGCGUGCUACUCUACGUGCUGUUAACGGGAUGCUCGCCGUUCGGCGGUGACACCAAGCAAGAGACGUUCUGCAACAUCAGUAGAUGUCGUUUGGAUUUCCCGGAUGACCUCUUCGAGGAUGUCUCCGAGGAGGCGCGCGAUCUCAUGCGCAAGCUGAUGGUUAAGGAUCCCAAUGAACGCCUGACGGUGACCGAAUGCCUCCAGCAUCCCUGGUUCAACAUGUUCGAGCAGCCGACGACACCGCUGGCUUCGACAAUGUGUUCCACGUCGGAUGACAGUCCCGCGGCGGACUCCACGACGAUGCUCUCCCAAGGGGAGAGUUCUUCGUCGAAAUCUUUACCAAUCGCCAACGGUCAGACCGCGUCGAAUACAUCGUCAACGCCGAAAAGCAACGACGGCGAGAAGCAACAUCGGUCAUCCACGACUGGUGUGUGCCACAGUCCUACGGAAUCCUGUGCAAAGCCGACAAGUCCGCGCGCCGUUUCCUCGCAUACGGAGAACCUGUAUUCGACAUCAAGAUCAUCGCCCAAGCCCAUCAGAUUCGGCCUGAGUCCAGAUCGCAGGGACACUUUCAAGAGGAACAUGGACUCGCUGGCGCGAAAAUUUUCCGGCACUGUUUUGCCGGAAAUCGUCAUCAUCGAAACGGGAUCAUCGACGAAUGCUGUCGGCAAUGGUGCUCAUCAGCGUCGUGCCACCGCCACCCACACGAUGCCCGCAGGUGGCGAGGUGUUCAAGUGCACGCCCGUCUUUAUUCUUGGUGAAGCGGAACAGCAGUGCAGCAGCGAUAGCGGCAGCGACACCGUCUCCGAGAUCUCGACCGACAGCUCGAGCGAUCGUAGCAGCAUCUAUUCGGAUGAUUCGCUGGAUUUUAUUCUGUAUGGUAAAAGCCAGGGUAGAGCGAGCUAUCCGUUCACUGCCGCCGACGCGACCGCCGACAGGUGGGAACAGCAGAGGCAUCAUCGCACUGCGCACAGAGUGUGGCCGCGCGAGUGCAGUGGCGUCGUCAGUAAGGCGCUCAGCCGUUUCACGUCAGAAACUUCGUCCAGCGGAACGAAGAUUGCGAAGAUCCCGACAGCGCCGAUGGCGACGGCAACAAUGCGCGGCGGCAGCAAGAUUGGCCUCGAGGCACUCCGCGAGCGAAGCGGUAAUCUGGUGGUUAUCAGGGAGCCUGUCCGCGCCGGCAGAUACACCAGGUAUAGCGAGGUGCAAUGCGAGUCGGUGCAGGCGCGGAUUCGGCGGUUCCAGGUGCACGAAGCUUCGUAAAAUCGUCCCGCAUAGGCGUGCGCCGGCAGGUGUCGGCGUUGAAUUGUAUUUGCCAGAUGUCUUCUGGCAGUCUCCUCGAGGAGCUUCUUGAAAGAUUGGGAGCUUCGAGGCAAAUGUACAUAUUACAUAAUUAUCUGUACAAUAACGCGGAAAGCAAGGGAAGGGAGAGGUUUUGAGCAACGGGAUAUAUCCGAGGGACGCGAAAUGAAGCACAAAGAUGGAAGGAAAUGGACGGGCAAAGUUCCUCGAGGUUUUUUUGAAGGCUGUGACGACAGAAGUUUCUCGGAAAGAUUCAGGAGAUUGCGCGUACAUUUUUUUCUAUAAAAAUAUAGAUUAUAUGAGCUUUUCGAAAAAUUAAUUUGAAUUCUCUUAGCUUAUUUAAUUGUCGCGGCAGAGGAUGGUAAAAUCGAAAGAGAGAAAGAGCGGUAUUAUGUGCCAUCCGACAAUUGUAUGCAAAAGCAUUAAGGGAAGAUUAUUCCUAAGUUUAUUUUUCGUAAAAUACAUAAUGCUGUGAUAGCGUUAGUGAAAGUUUACGGAGAAUGCGACGUGUCUUUGCUUCUCAUUUUUGCCGAAACUGAAUAAAGAUGUUUUUAAGAUUUAAUCGAGAGAAAUUUUGCAAAACAGCAUCGUAUAAUUCAAUCGCAAGACAUAAUACUAAACAGUAUUUCGUAGCAAGAAAAAGAACAACAUUACAUGAUGCGAAGCGUCAUAUCACAUAAGCCUGAUCUCCAGAAUCAUUCAACAGCCUCUCGAAGCCCCUAGCCCGAUUUUUGCCGGAUUCUUCCGGAAUCCGAGAUUGUACGUAAAAGAGCGCGCGAUCCGUUUGUUAUUCACUCUAAUGUAAACGCUAGCGUGUAACGCGUAGCGCGAAACAUAUUGCGCGCGCAUACGUGCCUGUACACGUGUGCCUUUGCGAAGGUGCCGACGAGAGAUCGUAGCUUGUAUCAUAUCAAAGCGAACAAAUGGCUGUUGUAAAUACGGAUGAGAGUGCGCGUGGGUAUGUAUGUAUGUGUGCGUGUAUUUGUGCUGAUGCUCUUCGUGGAGCAAGCGAGCGGCUUCGAAGUGGGCGGUCUUGAUGUACAUAUCGAAUAAUCAGAGAUGGAAUGAGUGACGAAUCCGCGCGUAUCUGCACUAGCUUGCGAAAGGUGCCUGUGGUUACGGUGAUGCAUUUCCGAUCACGAGGGUAGUCGCGGAUCGGACGGAAGACCUAAUGAGAUUGUCGCACUACCUGACGCUAAAUUCCGCCGAAUGGAAAAUAUAUUCUAUCAUUUGUAAAUAGAAGUAUGCGCCCGAAACCGCAAGUACCAAAAAAAUGCAAAUCAAUGCGCGAGAUAUUUUAUGGCAGCUUUGUUUAGUCUGCCAUUAUCAAUAGACUGACCGACCGUCCUUUCGAGCUGAGAGAAGCUCGAACCGCAUCGCGUGUAUAUGCAUCAAGACGAGAUUUAGACGCGUUAUACUUUUUACUCGGAUAUUGUAAUUCCGAAGACCUAACUUUUGAGAUAUGAUUUCUUUAGAAACGAAUUAUUUAUUAAUGAAUUACCACAUUUAUACGCGCGUUAUAAUUGAUAGUGUUAUCGGAGUACAAAUUCAUCUGAUUUUUAAGUAAAUUGCUCUUGUUUUUCUAACAAUGUGUAUCUCAAUCUCGGUGCAUCGCGCGCGAUUCUGUUGAAAUCGCCAUAUUAAUUGAUCGUCGUGUUUGACGAUGACCAACGACAAUCCAGAUAGAUACAUACAUUUCCGGUGCCUUCUUUAAGGAAAGAUCACAAUUUGUGUGCGCAAAAUAUGCCAGUCGCCAGUGCCUAUAUUUAUUUUGUCCGAUAUGUGACAAGGUUCUUCGAGUCACGAGACUGCAAUGUACAGAAGAGAGAAUGUACGUACGUGUGAAGAGUGCCUUAAUUACGCGCGACUUUGCGGGGAGAUCGAAAUUGAGAGCCUAGACAAGAUUUCUAGGCCUCUCUAAUUCCAGUUAGCUCGCAUAUGGUCUCGACGGAGGAGGUUAAUAAUGCGGGGUCCUUCAAAUGUCAGUGAACUCGUCGCACGAACCACCGAAAACUUGGACUCUCGUUGCACGUUAUCAAAGAGAACGCUUCUCCCGUAAGAGCUAUAUCGCGAGUAUACAUAUUUUCUCUUUUUUUUUUUCUUUUUGAUAAAUGCUAAUUAUGCUAUUUUAAAUACUUUAGAAUUAGCAUUUUUUUGUUUUAAAACUGUGCGAUGUUCCAAAUUGCGCGCGAAGUAUAAAAAGACGAUCGCCCUCUCGUCUGCUCUCCGAGCUCUCGAAAUGCAAAUGGCAAUAAGCAAAAUUCAUAUCCGCGGAUUUCAUUAUCGCGCGCGAAUGGAAACACGCAACGAAUGCUAGUCAUAAGCACAAUACAUUCUCUUUCUCACGCUCGCUCCCCCUUUUUUCGCGCCCCCUAAUUUUCGUUCAUUUCGCCGCGGACACACGCUCACGUUGGUGAGAUGCUAACGAGCGACCUAUGUCUUUGUCGUGUGAGACGAGACGGGAAAGAAAGAAGAGUGGACGAGAGCGCUGCAAACAUAAUGGACUUGGCCUCGCUUUGAGCAGGAUGAGAGAGCAUUGUUCGAAAUCUGCACAUUUAUCUGCAUAAUUAUCUGCAUAAAUCCAUAAGAUGCGAAAGAAAAUGUAGUAAUUUUCUAGUAAAUAACUUAUAUUUUAAUAAUAUAAAGAUUUUUCGCAAUAUAUAUACAGCCUGAAUUUUUUUUAUUACAUGUUAUUACUUGUAAAGAGGAUUAAUAUUGUUUUCGGUGGUUCUAUUCUCAAAUAUAGCCAUACUCUUUUUUGAUAUGUUGACCAUAUUUCAAGAACUUCUACUACUUAGACUGUGAAAAUGUUAAAUUUUCGCAAACAUAAUUCAAUCAAAAUCAAAAAGCACUUGAAGAAAUAUCAAGCGUAAUAAAUAAAAUCGCGUAAUGUUUUGAUCUCUACUUUAACAGCUGUUUCAAUCAUUGCGUGGAAUCGAAGCAAAGCGAAAGCGUUAAACAUUUUCCGAUCUGGACCGGAGGCGGUUUGACUGAUUCAACCUUUCGGGUCGGUGGUUUUGUUGUAAUUUUGACGGGAACCAUCAAAACACAGAAGAGGCGAUAACACGGAAAUUGGAUACGCGUGAAAUACAUCGCACGCAAAUGCGCACAUUCUUAACGCGUACACUUCCUUUCGAGUUGCAUGUGCGCGGAAGUCUAUUGUUCGAGAAUGUGUCUCCGAAAAUCAAAGAGUGGAAUUAUCUUGUAAUAUAAUUUUGCUACGAGACGGGCGGCGCGAUUCGAGCGAGCCGGACUUACCUUCUCUCGCGGCGCGAAUUCGCAAUUAUUUAUUCUUUUUUUUUUUUGUGAUAUGCCAUUAGUUAGAAUUAAUCGAUUUUCGCAUCAUUUCUUCGUGUUAAUUCAACUUUGCGAGAGAACGAGUCGUCUUUUGUCUUGCGCGACACGACGCGCUGUCCGAUAUUCUCUUUUAUCAUUAUCAUAUUAUAUCUCCUUUAUAAUUAUUAUAUAUAUAUAUAUAUUAUAUUAUAUUAUAUUAUAUACACUCUAUUAUUACAUAAUAAUAAUUAUUAUUACAUUAUUAAUACCGGAAUUAAGCGCGAUGGUUACAGUCGCGCAUAUAGCUGCUAAAAACUUUCUGUAAAUACUUCUGUCAUUGUAUUAAUUUUAAUAAUACGUACGUAAUAAUAAAAAUACAACAAUACACUCGAAAA